GGAGAGGGCGGUCUGGGUGCCCUCGGCUUGCCAAGGGUUAAAAGGAGCAGAGCGGGAUUCCUAGAGAGGACAGGAAGGGGAGGGCGGUGGGGGGGGGCAAGGUCCUCCCCAGCAGAAGCCCCUCCCUGCCCAGUCCCUUCCUGCCAGCAAAGAGGAGGCUGCUUUGUUCUCUCUGCUUUGCAAAAGCUUCCUCGGUGCCCCUCCUGGAAUCUGGACCCUGCAGCUUGUGGUGGUUCUUGACUCCUCAGGAAGGAUGAAAGAGUCUGAAUUUGUAAAGCUAGCAAGGAUGGAAGGGGGAAGAUGGACAGUUGACCUGGUCAGGUUGUCUCCUGCAUCCCUCCUCACAGCCUCUGAGCGUUGCCUCCCAGGGACCUCCGAGAGAUCUGAUGGUGAUGAAUGGCAAGGGAAGAACAAGGGGGACCACAAGAGAAUCCACACAUCGGAGAAAUCAAAUAAAUAUUCAGAGUAUGGAGAGAACAUCGGCCAGAGCUCCCCGUCCAACUCCCAUCAACGAAAGAGCUUCAUUCGGAGGGAUAGCCUCACUUCACAUGAAAGAAUUCACAGAGGAGAGAAAUUGUAUCACUGCUUAGAAUGUGGAAUGAGCUUUAAUCAAAGCAUACAUCUCACUUGCCAUCAAAGAAUUCAUACAGGGGAGAAACCCUAUCAGUGCUUGGAAUGUGGAAAGAGGUUUCGUCAGAAGGGGGUUCUCACUACCCACAAAAGAAUUCAUACAGAGGAGAAACCCUAUCAGUGCUUAGAAUGUGGAAAGACCUUUAAUCAAAGCUCACAACUCACUUCCCAUCAAAGAAUUCAUACAGGGGAGAAACCCUAUCAGUGCCUGGAAUGUGAAAAGAGCUUCAGUCACAGGCAGAGUCUCACUUCCCAUCAAAGAAUUCAUACAGGGGAGAAACCUUUUCUGUGCCUGGAAUGUGGGAAGAGCUUCAGUUGCAACUCAAAUCUCACUUCCCAUCAAAGAAUUCAUUCAGGGGAGAAAUCCUUUCAGUGCAUGGAAUGUGGAAAAAGCUUCAGUCACAGGCAGAGUCUCACUUCCCAUCAAAGAAUUCAUACAGGGAAGAAACCAUAUCAGUGCUUCGAAUGUGGGAAGAGCUUCCGUCACAGCCAUAGUCUCACUUCCCAUCAAAGAAUUCAUACAGGGGGAAAACCCUAUCAGUGCUUGGAAUGUGGGAAGAGCUUCAGUCGAAAGGACAGUCUCACCUUGCAUCAAAGAAUACAUACAGGGGAGAAAUCCUAUCAGUGCUUAGAAUGUGGGAAGAGCUUCAUUCACAGACAACAUCUCACUUCCCAUCAAAGAAUUCAUACUGGGGAGAAACCCUAUCAGUGCUUGGAAUGUGGGAAGAGCUUCAGUCAGAGGAGCAGUCUCGCUUCCCAUCAAAAACUUCAUAAAGGAGAGAAACCCUUUCAGUGCUUGGAAUGUGGAAAGAGCUUCAGUCGAAAGGACACUCUCACUUUGCAUCAAAGAAUUCAUACAGGGGAAAAAUCCUAUCAGUGCUUGGAAUGUGGCAAGAGCUUCAUCCACAGUCGGAGUCUCUAUUCCCAUCAAAAAGUUCAUACAGGAGAGAAACCACAUCAGUGCUUGGAAUGUGGAAAGAGCUUCAGUGAAAGCAGCAGUCUCACUUUGCAUCAAAGAAUCCAUACAGGGGAGAAACCCUAUCAGUGCUUCGAAUGUGGGAAGAGUUUCAGUCAAAGCCCCCAUCUCAUAAUCCAUAAAAGAAUCCAUACAGGGGAGAAACCAUAUCAGUGCUUGGAAUGUGGGAAGAGCUUCAGUCAAUGCCCCCAUCUCAUAAUCCAUAAAAGAAUCCAUACAGAGGAGAAACCAUAUCAGUGCUUAGAUUGUGGAAAGAGCUUCAGUCACAAACAACAUCUCACUUCCCAUCAAAGAAUUCAUACAGGGGAGAAACCCUUUCAGUGCUUGGAAUGCAGAAAGAGCUUCAGUCACAGCCAAAGUCUCACUUCCCAUCAAAGAAUCCAUACAGGGCAGAAACCCUUUCAGUGCUUGCAAUGUGGAAAGAGCUUCAGUCACAGACAUCAUCUCACUUCCCAUCAAAGAAUCCAUACUGGGCAGAAACCCUUUCAGUGCUUGCAAUGUGGAAAGAGCUUCAGUCACAGCCAAAGUCUCACUUCCCAUCAAAGAAUCCAUACAGGGGAGAAACCCUAUCUGUGCUUCGAAUGUGGGAAGAGCUUCAGUCACAGAUCACAUUUCACUUCCCAUCAAAGAAUUCAUACAGGGGAGAAACCAUAUCAGUGCUUCGAUUGUGGGAAGAGCUUCAGUCAAAGCCACAGUCUCGCUUCCCAUCAAAUAAUUCAUACAAGAGAGAAAACCUUUUAGUGUUUGGAAUGUGGAAAGAGUUUCAGUCAGAGUGCCAGGGAGUUUCUUUUCACUGCUGGCUCUUACUAUCAGAAAGUUCUUCCUGGUCUUUAGGAGGAAUCUCCUUUUGUGUUGCUUGAAUCACCUCUUCAGAUUCCUUCAAGACCUUGAGAAGGACUUCUGUAAGUCUGAGAAUGUCCAGGGGAUUGGACCAUGCUCUAUAUUCGGGGGAAACCCAUGUAGAGGAGUCCGAUAUAGGGCUUAAGUCAUCUAGGAAUUGGUCAGAUUGUCAUAAUUACAGACAUACUUACUGGUUUGAACAGAAGUGAUUCUUAUUCCAGGGGAAGUGGUGACUGUGAGAUUACAGGCGCUCUCGCCAAUAUUGUCCAAACGUCCAGUAAAACUUUGACACAGCAGACCGAAUAGUUUACCCGCUAAGUUCGACGUAUUGGGAGGAUAGUUUUAGGGCCGUGUGUUAUUGCUUCAUUGUAUGUGGGGUCCCUAUAAAGGGAACUUCUUCCUCUAGGUGGGAGGGAGACUGGUCAAUUUACCAUCAGUUGAAUGUAACAUUUAAGUCAGAUUUUUAAAAACGGAUUUGCAGAACAAAACUCACAGUUUGAAAGGGAGUUAUUAAGCUCCAAGGGUUAAAAUAGUAUCUAAAAUGUAUAACAUAUUAUUUGAGUGGGACACAAAGAAUGCAAUGAUGAAAUCAUCAAUGAGAAGCUGGGCCAGAGAUGUAGGACACAACACUGACUUUGCUUUAUGGGAACAACUGUGGAAAGUAAAUUUAAGGUUUGCAGCUAGCUACAUGCUAAGGGAAAACUUCAUGAAGAUGAUGCAGAGGAGUCAAUCAAGAUCACCAAGGGUCUGAAACCAAGCCUUAUGAGGAGGGCUUGAAGGAACGGGGGUGGGGGGGUAUCUAUUUCAAGUGAAGUUUGCCGAAAUCUACACUUGCGACAUGGGCUGUCAUAAGUCCAGAGUUUCCCGGACAUUUCAGCAAUUUCCGCCCAGACGCUGCUUACAAUUCUGGACAUAUGGCAACCAUAUCUGUAUACGGUGGUUUUCAAACAGCUUAGUUUCUGAACAACUUUGAACUCAAAUGCUGCAAACCUGGAAGUCAGUGUUCCAGCUUGUGAACUUUGCUUCGGAAGCCGAACGUGCUCCUGAGCUUCUGUUUUCACUGUUGCGCUGCUAAUUUGUGUUCCCCUGCAUUGUAAUCAAAGCUUUCUUCUGUUUUCACUGUUGCGCUGCUAAUUUGCACCCCUCCAUUGUAAUCAAAGCCUUCCAUUUCUGAU